AAACAGAGGAAAAGGACAUCUGGAUUUAUUGCUCUUAAGGGUCUUUCCCCCCCUCCUUUUUAAUGAACAGAACUAAAACCCCGUCACGAAAUUGCAGACACAAACCCAAAAGAAAAGGAUUGGAGUUUGUUGUUUUUUUGCUCGGCAGAAGCAGGAGCAGCAGCAGCAGCAACAACAACAUGGAUGUACUGGCUAGUUAUAGUAUAUUCCAGGAACUGCAGCUUGUCCACGACACCGGGUACUUCUCAGCUUUGCCAUCCUUGGAAGAGAACUGGCAGCAGACAUGCCUUGAGCUGGAACGCUAUCUGCAGACAGAGCCCAGGAAGAUCUCCGAAAGCUUCAGUGAUGACCUGGAUAGUUUUCUUCACACCUCCUCGGCUCAAGGAGCGGAAGACAGUAUCCAGCGGCUGGAGCCCCUCUUAUUACCAGUAGACAUGAGUACUUGUGACAAAAAUGCCAACAUGGACGUUAUCCUCUCACGGGACAAACUAUUGUCUGAGACUUGCCUCAGCUUACAGCCUACCAGCUCCUCUACAGAGGGCUAUACUGCCGUUAACCAGGCCCAACUCAACGCAGUGACCUCACUAACGCCUCCUUCCUCUCCUGAGCUCAGUCGCCAUCUUGUAAAAACAUCGCAAACUGUCUCUGCAGUGGAUGGCACAGUUACACUAAAAUUAGUGGCAAAGAAAUCCGCCCUCAGCUCGGUAAAGGUUGGUGUGGUAGCGCCAGCUAGCACAACGAAGUGUGCGCUCAGCGACAGUGAGCAAGGAGGGGCAGGUGCUGACGCAUCCCCAGAAAACAAGAAAAGGGUUCACCGUUGUCAGUUUAAUGGGUGCCGGAAGGUUUAUACAAAGAGCUCACACUUAAAAGCGCACCAGAGGACUCACACAGGUGAGAAGCCUUACAAGUGUUCGUGGGAAGGAUGUGAGUGGCGUUUUGCACGGAGUGAUGAGCUCACGCGGCACUACAGGAAACACACAGGGGCAAAGCCCUUCAAGUGCAACCAUUGUGACAGGUGUUUUUCAAGGUCUGAUCACCUUGCCCUCCAUAUGAAGAGACACAUCUAAAUAACUGAGACCACUCAGUCAGACCUAAGCGUCAUGGGGAGAAGGGCGGAACAGAAUUGUCUGUCUCUUGCUGUCUUUCAGGAGAAGAGAACUUGAUCACAUAUAAACCUCUGUACACAAAACAUGCACUAAAUGCUGUCAUACACCCAACUAUACUUAAUUACAUAAUCUGUUCUCAAUGCCUUGUCCAUCUGGAAGGCAGAAGAUAUGCGAGAGGAAAGGGGAUGCAGGAGAAGUCAGUAAGACACAAAGAGAUGCUGAUGACGAUUCAGGACACUCGGAUUUUUGUUCCCCGUUUAUUGCCAAUGGAAAUCAAAGCAGAUGGAAGAGGAUUCCCUGCAGGUGAACAGCAGUGGGAGAAGUAACAAGCUUCUCAGUGCAACUUGAUGAGGGUGGAGGAACGUGAUUUUGGAGUUGCAAAUUUGUAGCACUAACUUUUCUUUUUAAAUAGAUUUUGGAGGGAAAACUAAUGACCUAGAAAAACCAAAUCCCAGUUUGGUAGCCAAAAUGUUAAUAUGUCUUGGUUCCUUUCUGUUUUCAUUUUUGAGACUCCCUUACGUCCAGUGGUGCAUCCAGACUCCUCAAGAACACUUUGAUCUGCCCUGGUUCUGGCUCUUCAUAGAACAGAGCUGUCAAGAUCCAUUUAAGUCAAUACCAAUGGCCUUAAUUGGCAGCAGACUGUGCAGUGACACCUAGGACACACCUACCACCUUUCUUGCUUGAACCGGUGUACAUUUCGUCAAGGAUAUAUAUUUUUGAUUUGUUUUGUUUCUUCAAUUUUGAUAUUUGGUUAUUGCACACUCUGUGCACUAGGGGACUAUGGAAACUGCUGGUGUGGUUUCACAGUGAUUGGCCAGCGAAGUCCUUGAGUAACACCACAGUAUAUCUUUGGAGGCAUCACCAUAUUGCCAUAGUUCAGACUUCCUACUUAAUCGCCUAAUGAAAACUUGAAAGAAAGCUUGUUUGGAAGCUUUGAACCUUUUCUCUGUGUUCCUCAGAACUCAUUUACACACCUGGAUAUAUCUGUCUUGGAUUCUACCACUCAGGCAUGACUUCAGGUUUUCCUUCUGCACCAACGGUGGGCAUCCUUGUUGCAACCCACAAUGAUUGGUUAGCAACUCUGGUCACUUAUUCUUGCUAGCCCAUUUUCUUGCUAGCUACCCAGUUAAAUGUCUGGUAACUUAUUUCUGUGUCUAGCACCUGCGAGAGAUAUAUUUUGGGGCUGAGCAGAUCUGUAGAAGUGUUGUUAGUGAUCAUCAUGGAUGGAAAAGUGAGAACCUAUUUCAGACAAAAUAAAUCCCAUACAACAUUCUGCUGUAGAGUAAAGACCUACUUAGGUUCUCCUUUCCCAUUUUUCAAGAUGAUAUAAUGUUCCCACUCUUCUAACAUGUUACAGUUGAAUGAAAGGGGUUGCCUCUUUGGUGAGUACCAGCUUCCCCCCAAAUGAUAAGUUUAAGCAAACCUUAAAAAUAGAUAAUGCAUGGGUCCACUUUGACCAACAGUUGUACCAUUUAAUGAUCAAUGGAGGCAUCAGGCUCACCCUUGAAUCUUGUAGAUAAUGUGGUUGUAGCUCAAAAGUGGAUUAAUUUCCCUGUACUUUAUACACACGCACGCACGCACACACACAUGCACACACAAUACUCUCUCUAUAUAUAGAUGUCUAUUUCUAGCUAGUUGGAGCUGGCACUGAUUCCAAAGACUGCCUUUUCAAACUAUCUCUCAUGCAGGUGGAGAGUUAGUCAUUGGGAAUGGUUGUGUAUAGUUAAUAAUGUGGGACCAUCCCUGCAAGACAUGCCAAGAAAUGAAACAGCACGUGAUUCUCCCUUGGUUGCUGCUCUUCCACUCACUAAACUAGCUCACUGCCCUCCUUUUGACUGUUUUUUGACUUGCUGACUGUUCAGUACUUUCCUAAUUAAUAUUUAGGAUGCAAAAACUUAAAGGAUUCUUUUUUAUAUACAGAAUAUCUAAAAUUGUAUAAUAUAAGUACAGACACAGGGAUUCUUAGCACUUAGCCUUUUUGGCUUUCUUUCCAACUUUGAUUUCACCAAACUACCAAGUUUUUGGAUCAGAGUUCCUGUGCACACUGUGACUGUCAGUGGCCAUUUGUGUUGCAAAUACAAGGUCUGGCCCUUAAUAAUGGGAUGAGAAAUGGACCAAAAUCUAACCAUCUCUACAAGGGCGAUUAAUGUUGGCAUUUAAGAAUAAGGGAGAGAUCUAAGUUUUAUUCCAAAGAUGUAUGGUUAACAAUGAUUUAGAAAAAUAUUGGAGCACUGUUUGCUGACAAUCUUGUAGUUCUCUAUAUUUGUGUUUGCAUAUUUUCUAUUCCACCCAGGGGUUCAAUGGGCGUUUUGAGAACCCUGCACCUUGAUAUUUGAAUAUUGUAUGACAGUUUUAGAAUAUCAGCUUAAGGAGAUGACAGAACAUCUAGACAGUGUGUUAAUGGAAAAAUCUAUACUGUCCAAGAAAUUCUUCUUGUAGCAUCCUACAUAAUGUGCAUUCAUAUUUGUCAUGACAGUAGUCUUUGGGUAAUAUCCACAAAUGUCAUCACCUAAAAUGUUGUUAAAUCCUAUUGCCUCUAGAAUUUGUAGGGAUCAUCUACAAGAGUUGGUGACAAAUUUAAUAUAAGCCUGUCUUUUAAAUAAUUAAAAGCAGGUAGGAGUGGGAAACUAGGGAAAUGAAAAGGAACAAUAUUGAUUUACCUCCUGUUGUCAUUUGUGGUCUUGCUAACUUCUCUACUAAGUGCAGCAGAAUGUAAAAUCAUCAAUACCCUUUAAAUGGCUAAAAAGCCUUAUCCUAGGCAAGUCCUAGCAAGAAUUCUGUUGUUUUGCAUACACGACAGUACUGGGUUUGGGUUCCUAUAUUGUUCCUAUAUUGACCGUCUCUUAACGGUUUUCCAAUAUUAGUGGGGUGAUUAUGCACACUUACUUGCAAGUAAGACCAGUUAAAAUAAACUGGACUUGCUCCAGGGUAAAUCUGUAAAAGAUCCACCUGCAGCCAGUGAGGUGGUGAGCCAAGAAGUAAGAAGCUACCCCUGCUCAGUAGUGGCUGAGGGAAAGAGGAACCUGAUAGCUUUCAUAGCAGGCAUUGCAUGGUGGUGGCAGUGGAGGAGAAGGUGUGAACCACUUUACCCGUUGCUCAAUCUGCCAUCCUAAUUAUAGUAAGAAGGGAGUCCCAUGGAGGUUAAUGGGAAUUAACCUGCCAGUAAACAUGCUUAGGAUUGUUACUGGGAGAUGCACAACCCCCCCCCCCCACAUUUUGAGAUUUUGGUUUAACCACCUACAACAAGGGUGGGGGAUGUCUGGCCCUCCUGAUGUUGUCGGGCUUCAACUCCCAUCAGCCCUAGCCAGCAUAGCCAAUAGUGAGGGAUGUUGGGAGUUGCAGUCCAACAACAUCCUGCAGACUGCAAAUUCCCCACCCCUAACCUGCAAAAUGAAAACCAUGCCUGAUGGUGCCAUAACGAUAAUGACCUGCGCUUUUUAAGAUUUCCUUUUUCCUUUUACAAAACCCGAGGGAAGUGAAGAGAGAGUUGUAGAUAUUCCAAGAACUUAAUUUCACCCCUUGUCCCUUCUCAUCUUGGCUUUCGCUGUCCUGUACAAAUUGGAUUUUUGAAGGAGAGGAUUUUCUUCAUUUAUGGCAAAUACUGGCCAACUUCUUCAGCCCUGGA